AAGUUUCCUCGCGUGUGACCAACCGCUUGUCUACUUAUCUCUCCCUAUUUCUCUCUCAUAAUCAGAGAGCCGUAGGAACCAAACCCGUAAGCGCAAACAACCUCUCGAAAUCUCUCCCUCUCGUCUCAUCUCCUCAUAUAUCUUUCUCUCUUUAAAUCAAAACCUAUAAAAGAAACCUGUUUUCGAAUUCUUCCCUCUAAUUUACCCUUCAAUUUCUUAUCUGCUUUUCAAUUUUACGAUAAUUUUCGACUUCGAUCGGGCUAAUUCAAACCCUAGAUUGUAUCUUUGGUCAAAGACUGAACUUUGUGUGUAUAGAUCUGAGUUUUGAUUCAUCUAUUUGGUUUAAAAGGAACCCAAAAUCGUUGAUAUUUUAAAAAGAUAAUAGUCCGGUUGAAUUAGGGUGAGAUCGAGGUAUCUAGCUGUGACAAUAUUGUAAAAGGGGGGAUUGUUGAGGUGGUGAGGAACAAAAGGGUAGAAAAUGGCAGAGCAAGGAGGCUUGGAAGGGAGCCAGCCUGUGGAUCUUUCCAAGCACCCUUCUGGCAUUGUUCCCACUCUUCAGAACAUUGUAUCAACAGUGAACUUAGAUUGUAAGUUGGAUCUUAAGCAAAUUGCAUUGCAAGCACGUAAUGCAGAAUACAACCCAAAGCGUUUUGCUGCCGUUAUUAUGAGAAUUAGGGAACCAAAAACUACUGCAUUGAUUUUUGCCUCUGGGAAGAUGGUGUGUACGGGUGCAAAAAGUGAGCAGCAGUCAAAAUUGGCAGCAAGGAAGUAUGCUCGAAUUAUCCAAAAGCUUGGGUUUCCUGCCAAGUUUAAGGAUUUCAAGAUUCAGAAUAUUGUUGGUUCCUGUGAUGUGAAGUUCCCUAUCAGACUUGAAGGUCUGGCAUACUCUCAUGGUGCUUUCUCAAGUUAUGAACCUGAGCUCUUUCCAGGCCUAAUUUAUCGCAUGAAACAGCCGAAGAUUGUGCUGCUUAUUUUUGUUUCAGGAAAAAUUGUGAUCACAGGAGCCAAGGUAAGGGAUGAGACAUACACAGCCUUUGAGAAUAUAUACCCUGUGCUAACUGAGUUCAGGAAGGUCCAACAAUGAUAUACAUUUGCGUUGGUGGGAUGAGUGCAGCUGUGGAUGGCUAUGGAUGAGGUGCUUUCAAGCGUGCAUAUAUAAAAGGGUGGUUUGGCAGCUAUAGCUUAUAAGCUGUUGGUCUGUUCCUGUGGUCUUUAAUCCUGUGGAUAAGUUGGGGGUUUGUAUCCCUCGCCAAGUGGGAAUAGAUGACAGGGUUAACGAGCUCUGUAAUUUGUAAUUAGCGAUUGGAUUAGGAGUUUGUUAGGGGAGGAGAAGAUGCUAAAGAAAUAUGUUUUUGUUUUAAUCUCAUGUGGACUAUUCUUGGACAGGUAAUGUGACAGACGUGGUUUCAAUUUUGGCUGGAAA